AUGACGUAUACGCGCCUCGAGCCCAUUGGUGUGGUUGGCCAGAUCAUUCCCUGCAACUUUCCUCUGCUAAUGCAGGCCUGGAAGCUGGGCCCGGCACUGUGCGCUGGGAACACGAUCGUCAUGAAGCCGGCCGAGCAGACGCCGCUCACUGCGCUUUACGUCGCUGCGCUGAUCGCUGAGGCUGGAUUUCCACCAGGGGUUGUCAGUAUUAUCCCUGGCUACGGUCCAACGGCAGGGGCAGCUCUUGCUUCACAUCCAAAUGUUCGGAAAAUCGCCUUUACGGGGUCGACAGAAGUCGGUCACGCCAUCAUGCAGGCAGCUGGAGAAAGCAACCUCAAGAAUGUGACACUGGAGCUGGGAGGAAAGAAUCCAGUUAUCGUUCUUAAUUAUGCCGACAUCGAUUUGGCCAUCGAGACAAGUCACAACGCUAUCUUUUUUAACGAGGCCAAUGUUGCAGUGCUGGCUCACGCACGUACGUCCAUGAGUCCAUCUACGAUGAGUUUGUGA